AUGUACUCCAAGGCUCUUGCUGCCAUUCCAUGGAGCUUGCUCAUCAGCAACGCUGCCGGUGAAGUUAUACAUGGCGCGGUAGUUUUUACACGCCAUGGUGAUCGAACUACCAAAUGGUACGGCGCCCAAUCUCUCACCAGUCUUGGUGCAGAGCAGAACUACCAAGUCGGAAGCGACUACCGUGACCGUUAUCUCUUGUCUGAUUCGGAACAUCGCAUCUUGGGCAUCUCUGAGACUGAAUACAAGCCCUCUCAGAUCUUCGCGAGUGCUCCUGAUCAGGGGAUUCUCAUGAACACAGCCACGGCAUUCCUUCAAGGAUUCUACCCUCCUCUUGCUGGCCUCGACCCUGAAAUUGCAUCCCAAACCCUGAACAAUGGCUCAGAAAGCCAGGCGCCUCUUGAUGGUUACCAAUAUGUCCGACUUCACACCAUUGGCGACAACUCACCUGAUACUAUCUGGAUCAAGGGCGAUGAUGCGUGCCCUAAAUAUGUAACUGCCUCAAAAUCCUUCAUGAAGAGCGAUUUAUUCGCCCAGCGUGAACAAGACACAAGGGAAUUUUAUGAGCAGUUCUACGAUAUCCUCUCUGAUGACGUGUACAACCUCAAGCCAGAUAACAUGACAUACAAAAACGCCUACAACAUCUUUGAUCUUGUCAACGUUGCCCGCAUUCACAACAGUACUUCACCAGCCCGCAAUGUGUCAGACGAGGAUCUCCUGCAACUUCGUACGCUCGCCGACUCUGCGGAACUUGGUCAGAACUGGAACGAGUCCGAUUCUGCUCGGGCCAUUGGUGCGCAGACUCUUUCUGGUGCUAUUCUUGCUCAACUGAACCAGACUGUGAGCUCCAAGGGGAACCUCAAGUUUUCUCUAUUUUCAGGUAGUUAUGAUACGUUCCUCGCCUUCUUUGGUCUCGCAGAUCUCCUCGACGAGUCUCCUGAUUUCCAUGGUCUGCCAGACUACGCAUCCACCAUGGCAUUUGAGCUCUUCACCAAAGACAACACGGACGAGUUCCCUUCAAACCCAGAGACAGACCUCCGCGUGCGCUGGCUUUUCCGCAACAGCACUUUCGGCGAGCUGGAGACAUUCCCACUCUUUGGGACCGGCGAGAACUCUCUGCCUUGGUCGAAAUUCGUGACUGAGAUCGAGAAGCGUGCUAUCACGGAUGUGGGAGACUGGUGCUCCAUGUGUGGAUCUGAUGAAGACUUUUGCGCUGCUUAUGAGAACAGUGCUACUGGUAAAAAUGAUGAGAAUGAGAGUAACGGCAAGGAUGACAGGGGCGGUAUGUCAAAUACUGUUGCAGGUGUCAUCGGUGCUAUGGUGACUCUUGGUGUUGUCGCCAUAGUGGGAGCUGCUGCGUUUGUUCUCGUCAAGAGACGCAAAGUAACUGGCCAUGCUGAUGAGAAAGGCAGUGUUCACAGUAGAAGCACUGAUGAGAAUACGGCAAAGGUCUAA